UCUUUUGAUACCCCUAGCAUGCUUAAAACGCGGCUAGAACAGCAGAAAGCUAGCGGCAGAAAACAAAGCGGCAGCGGUUGGUAGUUUGGUUAACGUCUGUCUCCGUUUAUUAUCCAGUAUUUUUUUUAUUUAUUUUUUAAGGUGACGCUAACGGCUAGCUCUUGCUGAUGCAACACCGGGAGUUUCAGCCUCUGCUCUCAUUACACAACCGGUUCUAUGGAGCUCGUUAGCCGAGCGCUUUGGUAACCCGCCACUGUUGAAAAGCGAGUUUGUUGAGUGGGUUGAUUGUGGCGGUGGUGGUGAUGAUGCUACAGGAUGGUUCCACUCAGCUGCUCUGCCUCACGGCCAGCAGCGGGGUUCCUCUUUUCACCAGGGGGGCCUCCAAACAGCUGCCCUUCUCGGUCAUCGGCUCCCUGAACGGGGUGCACAUGUUCGGGGGCGGACACGGGGUGCUCUUGUCCUGCUGCGAGACGGAGGGCGGCGGCAAGGUGGCGUGGAGGGUGUUCGGCGACAGCGUGAUGCUCAUCGCCGUGAGCGGAGGUGGGUCCGGCGGAGGGGAGGAGGAGGUGCGCCUGCAACGCCUCCUGGAGAACGCGUGGAACUGCAUGGUGCUGGUGCUGGGACAGGACGAGCUGGUCAGCCCCAGGAACGUGGAGCGACUCAAGAGGGACCUGCGCUCCUGCUUCUGCCUCAUCGAUCAGCUGCUGGAUGAGAGGCCGCAGGGGCUUCUGGGGAGCCUCACGCACUGCGCCGACUCGCUGCUCCCCCCAGACCCGGCUCCUCUCCAGGAGGCCGUGGACGGCUUCGCCCGGGCUGCGGACAGCGAGUUCGGGUGCCUCUUCGUCCACGGGAGAGUCGCCGUCGCCACGGAGAAGUGGUGGCGCCUGGCGCCUCAGGAGGUCGUCCUGCUGUCUGCCUUGGUGCGCACCCUGUCCGCGUCCGGCUCCGCCUCCUGUGAUUACCCGGUUUUCCUUCCUCAGGGCAGCCCCACCGUCGCCCACCGCCUGCUCCGCUUCCGGCUCCUCCCUGGCGCCGACGUGUGCGUGCUGUGCGGCCCCGCCCCGUCCCUGCGCCGGGCGGAAGCGGAGCUGGUGGCUCCGUUGUGGUCGCCCCUGGUGGAGUGCCUGAGAGGCUGCCUGGCCGUCGGCGAGCGUAGCCUGCCGGGCUCCGUGCCCCUGCGGCCCGACGUGCUGGCGUUGCUCCUCGUUAACCGCGAAAGCCGCCGCUCCGUCUCCUGCGUGCAGGUGUCGUCCGGCCCCCCGUCCGGCGGCCCCUCGCUCUCGCGCUCCCGCUGCUGGGAGCUCCUCGGACUCUUUUAUGUCUUCGGCGUGUCGCGCUACUUCGCCCGGGAGGAGACGUCGGGCGUCUCGCCAGAGGACGGCGCGCGGGGGGGCCCCACGGAAGACCUCCUCCGCGGAUUCUCCCACCAGCCCCAGCAGUGCUACCUGGUCACCGAAGAGUGCAAAAGCUACGGACUUCAGACCCCGCAGCACCAGCUCUUUCUGCUCAUGUCGCCGUCUGUGCCCACCUUCGCCCUGCGUACGGCGGCCACGCAGACUCUCUCCGACAUCGUCUCAGCAACGGCGUUUUGACGGUUCCUUCGGGGCGACACCCCCAGCGACGGACUUCACUCCGAAUUAGUCGCCAAGAGAACUGAAGUAGAUCGGCGAUACAACUGGGACAAAGCACCUGACAAUAAUGAUGAUGAUGAUGAUGAUGAUUCACUGGUGUUGUUAUUUACAGUAAAGGCCCUGUUGGGCACGUGUGUCCGAACUGCACCGGCUUGUGUUGAAAAUCUGGCCACGCUGUUCUGGAGAUUAAUGUGAAGAUUGUGUCGCACUGAGAUCAACGGGCGCCUGCUGUUUCUUGUCUAGGCGUCUUUGAGUCGACGCAAUGACCCCAGACGUUGUGUUACUCCUGAGCUUCGUUUGUCCACAGCUUUGUGUUCGUUUGAAACAUGUGUCGUGUUUAAUGUAAGACAAGCAUAUACUGUGUUAGUGUUCAGAGUUCAUUGUACAAGAGAUCCUGAGUUGUUUUUUCAGGGGGUGCUGGUUCCCUACCUAAAAGCAUAGUUCGAGUACGUGGUGUGUCCCGAUUCUCCUCAGCGGUCAUGUUCUUAAAGUGGGGGAGGGAAGGAAUUGAGGAAUGAAGAUGUGAAAGCGUAACACAUUCAGACAUUUAGUAAACGGAGGACACUCGCACGUGAUCUGACCUCAGUGUAACCACAGCUGCUCUGUGCAGUUGUCUGAGGUUUGCUGGAGAACAUCAGCAUCUUUAGGAACACAGCAGGAGGGGGGGUCAGGGAUAAUGUUAUGUCUCAGUGCAAAGCAAAGGGUUAUAAACCAAAGCCCGAGUUCUGAACAUCUCGCAAAGCAGCGACUGGGCCGUCGUCUAAAGGUGGAGAAAGUAUGGCACAACAACUGAAGAGCUAUAGCUGACCUGGCCAGGCAGGGAGAGCAUGAGCCGGAGCAGCAGCCGCGAGGCGGUCUCUGGAGGAGCUGCAGAAUUUCAUGGCUGAGGUGGGAGGAUUUGCUGACAGGACGACUAUUUAGAAACUCCACAAAAUCAGCCUUUACGGAGGAGUGGCGAAGAGAAAGUCAGAAAGAGUUUGUUUCUGCAGUUCACCACAAGCCACGUCUGGGACAUGAGCAGACGCUGCGAUCAGCUGAGAGCAAAGUUUCGCCCGCGUUGCACAAAAACGCUCAGUUUUUAUGGCUCGCAGAGACUCGCGCCAAAGAGGGAUCGACUCAGGGGAGAGAAAUCCUCGUGCGGUGUUUAUUUUCACGUUUUGACUUGUGAAGCCUCUUUCUAACCAUGCACCGGUUUAACUCCACUUCACAGUUAUGAGAUGCCUCAUCCUGCUCUUUCAAAUAAAACCCCAGUGAAAUAC